AUGCUGUGUGGACUCGGCCGGGACAGCCCUGCGGAGGCAGAUGAUGGGCCUUACUCAAAAGGGGGAAAGGACGCAGUGGGGCCUGAUGGGACCCUGGUGUGCCGCCGACAGAGCAUUCCAGAGGAGUUCCGGGGCAUCACCAUGGUGGAGCUGAUCAAGCGUGAGGGCAGCACUCUGGGCCUGACUAUCUCGGGAGGAACUGACAAGGACGGGAAGCCCAGAGUCUCCAAUCUGAGACCUGGGGGCCUGGCAGCCAGGAGUGAUCUACUGAAUGUAGGCGACUACAUCCGCUCAGUGAAUGGGAUCCAUCUGACCCGGCUCCGACAUGACGAGAUCAUCACACUGCUGAAGAACGUGGGCGAACGCGUGGUGCUGGAGGUGGAGUAUGAGCUGCCCCCGCCCGCUCCCGAAAACAACCCGAGGAUCAUUUCUAAGACGGUGGAUGUCUCCCUCUACAAGGAAGGCAAUAGCUUUGGCUUUGUCCUCAGAGGAGGUGCCCAUGAGGACCUGCACAAAUCCCGCCCAUUGGUCCUGACUUACGUGCGGCCUGGUGGCCCAGCAGACAGGGAGGGCUCCUUGAAGGUGGGUGACAGGCUGCUCAGCAUAGAUGGGAUCCCACUGCAUGGGGCCAGCCAUGCUACCGCAAUAGCCACCCUGCAGCAGUGCAGCCAUGAGGCCCUUUUCCAAGUGGAGUACGAUGUGGCCACCCCAGACACUGUGGCCAAUGCUUCAGGUCCAUUGGUGGUAGAAAUAGCCAAGACCCCAGGAUCUGCACUGGGAAUCUCUCUCACCACUGGCUCGCACCGGAACAAACCUGCUAUCACCAUCGACCGCAUCAAGCCGGCCAGCGUGGUGGACAGGAGUGGUGCCCUGCAUGCUGGAGAUCACAUCCUGGCCAUCGAUGGCACCAGCACAGAACACUGCUCACUGGUGGAGGCCACCAAGCUCCUGGCCAGUGUGACUGAGAAAGUACGGCUGGAGAUCUUGCCUGCACCCCAGAGUCGUCGGCCUCUGAAGCCCCCAGAGGCAGUGAGGGUACAGAGGAGCGAGCAACUACACCGCUGGGACCCAUGUGGCUCCACUUGCCACAGCCCAAGGCCAAGCCACUGCAGGGCCCCCACCUGGGCACCCGGAAGCCAGGACCAGAGCCGAUCCUUGUCCUCAACUCCCUUCUCCUCACCAACUGUGAACCCCGCCUUUCCCUGUGCCAACGCCAGCACCCUGCCCCGAGGACCCAUGAGCCCCAGGACAACAGCAGGGCGGAGGAGGCAGCGAAGGAAAGAACACAGGAGCUCUUUGUCACUGGCCUCCAGCACGGUAGGGCCAGGCGGGCAGAUUGUUCAUACGGAGACCACGGAAGUUGUGCUCUGUGGAGACCCCCUCAGUGGCUUUGGCCUCCAGCUCCAGGGAGGCAUCUUUGCCACCGAGACCCUGUCCUCUCCACCAUUGGUGCGCUUUAUUGAACCUGACAGCCCCGCUGAGAGGUGUGGUCUGCUGCAGGUGGGGGACCGUGUCCUAGCCAUCAAUGGCAUUGCCACUGAGGAUGGAACUAUGGAAGAGGCCAACCAACUGCUGCGGGAUGCAGCUCUGGCCCGCAAAGUUGUUUUGGAGAUCGAGUUUGAUGUGGCAGAGUCUGUCAUCCCAAGCAGUGGGACCUUCCAUGUGAAGUUACCCAAGAGGCGUGGCGUGGAGCUGGGCAUUACCAUCAGCUCGGCCAGCAGAAAGCGAGGGGAACCUCUGAUCAUCUCCGACAUCAAGAAAGGCAGCGUGGCGCACAGGACUGGCACCCUCGAGCCAGGCGACAAGCUGCUGGCCAUUGACAAUAUCCGCCUGGACCACUGUCCCAUGGAGGACGCUGUGCAGAUCCUACGCCAGUGCGAGGAUGUGGUCAAGCUGAAGAUCCGGAAAGAUGAGGACAACUCAGAUGAGCAGGAGAGCACAGGCGCUGUCAGCUACACGGUGGAGCUGAAGCGCUAUGGUGGACCCCUGGGCAUUACCAUCUCUGGCACUGAGGAACCUUUUGACCCCAUCAUCAUCUCUGGCCUCACAAAGCGUGGCCUGGCUGAAAGGACUGGCGCCAUUCACGUGGGGGACCGUAUCCUGGCCAUCAACAGUGUGAGCCUCAAGGGCCGGCCCCUGAGCGAGGCCAUCCACCUUCUGCAGGUGGCAGGGGAGACUGUCACACUGAAGAUCAAGAAGCAACUAGACCGUCCCUUCCUCCCCCGCCAGUCAGGCAGCCUCAGUGAGGCCAGUGAUGUGGAUGAGGACCCUCCCGAGGCCCUCAAGGGAGGCUCACUGACAGCCCGCUUCUCACCUGCUGUACCCAGUGUGGACAGUGCUGUGGAGUCCUGGGGCAGCUCUGCCACAGAGGGUGGCUUUGGGGGCCCAGGCUCCUACACUCCACAGGUGGCAGUUCGGAGUGUGACUCCCCAGGAGUGGCGUUCCAGCAGACUGAAGAGCAGCCCCCCACCCAUUGAGUCCCGGAGGACAAGUUACACACCUGGCCCUGCUGAUGAGAGCUUCCCAGAGGAGGAGGAGGGGGACUGGGAUCCACCUAUGAGCCCAGCCCCUGGCCCCGCCCGAGAGGAGGGCUUCUGGAGAGUGUUUGGAGAGGCCCUUGAAGACCUGGAGUCCUGUGGUCAGUCGGAACUACUAAGGGAGCUGGAGGCUUCCAUCAUGACAGGCACUGUACAGACUGUGGCUGUGGAUGGCAGGCCUGGCCCUCGGCCCUGGCGCCGGAGCCGGGAGAUCCGAACAUCCUCUGAAGACCUGCAGGAGCUGCUGUUGCCAACGCCUCUGGAGAUGCACAGGGUGACCCUGCACAAGGAUCCAGUGCGGAAUGACUUUGGCUUCAGUGUCUCGGAUGGCCUCCUGGAGAAGGGUGUCUAUGUCCACACUGUGCGCACUGAUGGGCCAGCCCAUCAUGGAGGCCUGAAGCCCUUUGAUAGGCUUCUGCAGGUCAACCAUGUUCGCACUCGGGACUUCGACUGCUGUCUGGCGGUUCCUCUCCUGGCAGAGGCUGGGGACAUCCUGGAGCUGGUCAUCAGCCGUAACCCACUGGCACAGAGCCGCCGGACACCACGGACACCAGGCCCCAGCAGUCCCCAGAUGCUCUGA